CCUCUCUCUCCUUUUGAGACAAGCGUGAAUGUUGUCAUUGGUCACCUUGAUGAGCAUUGAAUGGCCUUGCAGCUUCAAAGCCUGGCUGCUUUCUUCCUGCAUGUGGGAAUCCUUUGUUAGGAGGUGUUAGCUGGCCCUGAUUGCUUCCUGCCUGGAAUUCUUCUGUUUUCUUGGUGUUGCUCUUUAUUUACUGUCGUCGUCUUAGAGGAAGCAGCCAGGCUUUGAAGCUGCAAGGCCAUUCAAGGCUAAUCAGGGUGGCCAAUUACACACUUGCACCCUGGACACCAUUCCACAUUUGUAUGUAUAUAUGUGUGUAUAUAUAUAUAUAUAUAUAUAUAUAACCCACACUUACCUAGUUUCCAACAGACCUCAAAACCUCAGAGGAUGCCUGCCACAGAUGUGGAAGAAACGUCAGGAGAGAAUGCUUCUGGGACACGGCCAGGCAGCCUGGAAAAAACUCACAGCAACCCAUCAUUGAAAAAGAUAUAUAUAUAUAUAUAUAUAUAUAUAUAUAUAUAUAUAUAUAAACCCCACUUGAGGAUGCCUGCCAUAAAUGUGUGAGAAACGUCAGGAGAGAGUGCUUCCGGAGCACGGCCACACGGCCCGGAUGACUCACCGCAACCCUAUAAUAAUGGGACAUAAUUUUGGAAACUAUGAAUCCCAGUAGGGAGCUUGGUAUGUUGAGCUUGGAGAAGAGAAGGCUUAGAAUAUUAUUAUUAUUAUUAUUAUUAUUAAAAAUAAUAUUAUUUCUGAGAUAAUAAAUAUGUUUUCAUGUUUAUUAUUAAUUAAUUAAAUAUCAAUAGUAAAUAUUGUUUCUAAAGACAGACACUAUGAAGAAUCCUUUGGGGAAAUUAUUAUUAUUGGAAUACUAUUAUUGCUAUUAUUAUUAGAUUAUUAUUAUUAUUAUUAUUAUUAUUAUUAUUAUUAUUAUUUCCCCAUGAGAAUAAAUGGUGCAAUUUGAAUUCCUUCUUUUCGUUCCCCGCUUUAAUCCCUGUUGACCUUUCCUUGCAAGAGUCCUGCCUUCCGAGCAUUGCAUUGAAAGGGCAUUUCUUUCUUUUCCUUUCUUUUCUCGUUCUUUCUUUCUUUCUUUCUUUCCGCUCCGCCAUGGGCCUCUAUGGGACCCUGGCCUGUCUUUUGGGGGGAUUUUUCUCCCUAUUAAGCCUCAUCGGAGCCCUUUGGAUGGACUGCUGGCAGGUGAACAGCAAGGGCUCGGUGGUCCUGUCCUUGCGCUGCCGGGGCCUUUGGGGCGAAUGCGUCUGGGACAAGUUCGUCAAGAUCUGGACCUGCGAUGUCUUCGGAUCCUACCUGAACCCUCAGCCAGAAGCCAUCCUGGUCACCCGGAUCGCGGCCAUCGUAUCGGCCAUCGCUGCCGCAGCAGCUUUGCUGUGCCUCCUGUGCGGGUGCCAAUACUUCCAGUGUUUAUCGGCUGGCAUCGCAAAGCGGCACUGGCUUCUCUCCUCCGUGGGCUUCUCCCUCGUGGCAGGGCUUUCGUCCUGCGUCGGAGUCACCCGAUACGGCAUUUACGUCUUCGCCCAGCAUCAGUAUGAGGUCUCCCUGAGAAUCCCCGGCUUCCCCAGUUUCGAAUACGGGGCUUCCCUGUGGCUUGCCGUAGCCGGGAACCUGUCCGCCUUCUUUGCCGCCGGAGCGUCGUACUUGGAAACGGCCGCCGGCACUACGUCUCCCGAGGCGGGUCCGGGCACGUCGCUCCCUGGGAAAAGUGCUGGCACGUACGUCUGAGGAUCCGGGCAUCGCUCUGGGCCGUUUCGCAUGGGAUGUAAUUGCAACUUGGCCCAUUUAAUGAGGCCAAGAAGGCAAGUCUAGAUGCCCUCUGGGGGUCCCUUGGUUUCUACGUCUCCCUCUCAUGGUCCUAAUAAAUAACAUUAUUAUUUAUGAUUUA